UGAUAAACGACAUUUUAGUCAUCCAAUGUAGAAUGAGUCAUUCGGUAACGCUAUCAAAUUGGAAUUCGGCGAUAAAGAGAAAAAAAACAAAUAAAAUAAAACGUUUAAACAAUAAACACCGCCUUGUAAGCACUACGAACGAAAUAAAUACAUUAUAUUAAUUAAGUUAGAGGCGUUCCCGGCUACGCACGGCGUCGACCGACUAUAAUUACUGUACGUUAGAUAUUUUAUUAGUCGCUGACACUCGAAAUCAUGGCCGCGGUGAUGAACAGACCUAAGGUAUGUGCCGUAGACGUUGUUUGAAAAAUCAAAAAAAAAAAUUCUAUAAACCCAUUUCCUGCUCGUAUGUAAAACAUUGACGAAUACGUGUGUUUCAGUUGGACGAGAACAACAAGACCCCGAUUAUGCGCACGUUAAACCUGAAUGGGCAUGUCGGCUUUGACAGUAUGCCCGAUCAAUUGACCCAAAAGUCUGCGCAAAACGGUUUCGUUUUCAACAUACUCUGCAUUGGUGAGUACCUUUUUUUUUACUUCAAUCGACAUUACAUCGGAUACUGUGUCCAGGUGGGCUAGGUACACGGAUCUGAUAAACAUUUUUUCCAGGCGAAACCGGUCUGGGCAAAUCUACACUGAUGGACUCGCUGUUCAACACCAAUUUCGAAUCCACGCCGUCCACUCACAAUUUGCCGAAUGUAAAACUCAAGGCGCACACGUAUGAACUGCAAGAGAGUAACGUUCAACUUAAGGUGAGCUCAAACUGGUUUUACAUUAUUGCCCUCGUGGAAAAUGAAAGUGUCUGUCCAUCAUCUUACAACAAUAAUUUCUUUUUAUCGCAUCAAUGUCUAAUAUUGAAAAUAUUGAAAAACCGAUGAUUAUUCCUCGUAAUUAAAACUGUUCACUUAAUGUUUAACUACCUAUGCGGCAUCAUUAUCGUUUAUUUUAAUGUUCCUACGGCUAUUUCAUAUAUUUUAAUGUGUUCACGUAGUAAACAUUUGGUUCAAUAAGUGUUGGAUUAUUAUUUCACUAAAGUAAUUCUCUCCUUUGAAAUGAUAUCUAAGGAAGUCUAUUGUGUAAAACCAAAUGCAGACGAUGUAUUUAUAAUGUACCUGUUUGUAAUUUAUAAAUAAUAUAUAUUUUGUGUAUUCAAUAAGAUUAAUAACGACUUUGUAUUUAUAUUCUAUUUGGUUUAGUUAACUCUUGUCGAAACAGUCGGUUAUGGCGAUCAAAUAAACAAAGAAGACAGUUUCAAAUCGAUUGUAGACUACAUUGAUACACAAUUUGAAUUUUAUUUGCAAGAAGAAUUAAAAGUAAAACGAUUGCUGUCUUCUUACCAUGACACAAGGGUUCACGCUUGUCUAUAUUUCAUUUGUCCUACUGGCCACGGGUAAAUGUAAUGUUUAUUUAAAAUUUACUAAACCUGUACCAGAUACUCAAUUAUUAUAUUACGCUACAUUACUCUUAUCACAGUAUUAAAUAUAUUUUAAAAUGUUUUAUUUUGAAGACUUGUUGGUAAGUAUCUUUAUUAUUGACAUUAUUAUUACUUACUCAUUAUAUCCAUGUAUAACGAAAUUGAAACUAAAAAUUGUCAAAAAAAAAAAAAAUAUUAAUAAUAACUAUAAAAAUACCAGAAUAUUAUUUAAUUUUACCUUGUCUAAAAAGUGGUAUUAAAGUAUUCUGUGAAAAUUUUAGGUUUUUUACAAAUAUUUUUCACUAGUUACAACAAAAAUCAAAAUGAAUAGUAACCAUUUUUUUUUUUUUAAUAUUCUCAUUAUUUAGAAUAGAAAACUACAAAUGAAAAUCAAUAAUUAAUCUUUUUAAUGACUGAAAGAAAUUUUCUAAUCCUAAAUAGGUAGAAAUAGACAAAAAAAAAAUUCUAAAUCUCUUACAAUUUUGUUCAAAAAUCCAUACACCGUAGUAAAAAAAGUGUACAUUCCUUACUAUACUCAUAAUAUUAAGUACAAUUACUGAUUAGGUACAAUUAGAUUCAAUUAGAUUCAAUUUUUAAAAUUAUUUAUUAUAAUUAUCAUUUAACUAGCCUGCAGAGUUUUGAAGAGAAACUUACUUAGGGUAUUCUUGCCUCGGUAAGCAAUAGUUUUGUGUAAGCCAUAAUAUGAACCUAGUUUUAAAAAAUAUAGUAAAAAGAUAUUUAUAUUAAAUAAAUUUCAAAUUUCUAAAGAAAUUGUGUUAUAAUAGUGGAUUACAUUGUAAUGUAGUAUGUGAUUGAUUAUUAAAUCGUAGACAAAUAUUUUUCAGACUUUUAUUUAAUUUAUUUUUAAUUGUUUAAUGUGUUAUCAUAUUUUUUAGUUUAAAAUCAAUUGAUUUGGUAUGCAUGAAAAAACUUGAUACAAAGGUAAAUGUCAUUCCAAUCAUUGCUAAAGCUGAUACCAUAUCCAAGUCUGAAUUACAGAAAUUCAAGGUAAAUUAUUUUAUAUCAAUAAGAUUACAUAAAAUAUAAUUUAUUAGUUUACUAUAUAAAUUUAAAUGAUACAUUUUUAGACUAAAAUAAUAACUGAGUUGCGAUCAAAUGGCGUAGAGAUCUAUCAGUUUCCAAUUGAAGAUGAAACUGUGGCCGAUGUAAAUUCCUCUAUGAAUUCUCAUCUACCGUUUGCUGUAGUUGGUAGUACAGAUUUUGCUAAGGUUGCUAACAAAAUGGUGCGUGCCCGUCAAUAUCCAUGGGGAACAGUUCAAGGUUUAUUAUUAUUUUUAAAUUUGUUAAUGUAUAUAUAAAUAUACAUUUAAAAAUGAUUUAUACUCCUUUAUGUAUUGACAGUUGAAAAUGAAUCCCAUUGUGAUUUUGUUAAACUGAGAGAAAUGUUGAUCAGAACUAAUAUGGAAGAUUUGCGUGAAAAGACUCAUGAAAAACAUUAUGAGCUGUAUAGAAAAAUGCGAUUAGAACAAGUAAAAUUUUAAUUUUUUUUAACAUUACAUGCAUCUAAAGAUAUAAACAAACAAGAUCAUGAAUAAUAUGAGCACACAUUAACAUUCAUAUUCGACAUUCUUAUCNAUUACAUGCAUCUAAAGAUAUAAACAAACAAGAUCAUGAAUAACAUGAGCACACAUUAACAUUCAUAUUCGACAUUCUUAUCCAUCUGUGAAGAUAAUAUCCUGUGCAUAAUUAAUGUGUUCAACACUCUAAAUAGGUCGAAGAAAAUGUGUACCUCGAAAGUGUGUUCGUUCAUACUCCAUUUAAACUAGGAUAAAUUUUCAUUUGUGUAUUGUUUCAUUAUUUUAGAACUAGUAAGCAAAUAUUUAAAAGCUUGAGGUGAUAUUCUUGUAAAGUUUUAGAAUAAUUACUAGUUUUCAUCAAUCGACAUUUAAGAAAAUAUUGCAUUUGUUUUGGCUAUUAUUUUUUAUUUAUUAGAACUAUGAAAUCCACCACCUUCAGUUAUGUUAAGUUUUCUUAUUAUUUUAAUUAAUGCAUUCAAAUAAAUGCUUUACUUUCAAUUUGUUAAUUAUUCAUUAUUUAACGAAUUAUACAUAAAUUAAUUUAAUUGCCAAAUGAAAUUGUUUAAUAUAAAGAUGUAAAUCAAAUUUACUAGGGAACAACUUUACUAUGAGUAGUAACUAGUGUGCUACUCCUGCAAUAACUUGAUACUAGCAUACGAGAAUAGCAUUAUUCUCGUGUAGCGUAGCAUUAUUUGCUGUGUGAUGUGUGUGAAUAUCCAAAUAACCAAACAACAAUGUGAAUGUCUCAUGAAAAUGCUCAUGCAUGUUCACCCUAAUCAUUUUCUUGCCUGUACAUACUGUAAAUUCAAUGUAUUAUUAGUAAUUUAAUAUUAAUUUAAUAGAUGGGAUUUAGCGACGUGGAUAAUGAAAACAAACCAUUAAGCUUCCAGGAAUCGUUUGAAGCAAAACGUAGUCACCAUUUGCAAGAGCUUCAAAACCGUGAAGAUGAGAUGAGACAAAUGUUUGUUGUCCGAGUAAAAGAAAAGGAAUCAGAAUUAAAAGAUGCUGAAAAAGACGUAAUAUUUUAAUCUUAUUUAAUUUCAUGGAUAUUGAAUGCAUAUAUACAACUUUAUCUCCAUAGCUUCAUUUUGGAAGGGGAGGUCUUUAUGUGUUCACAGCCUAGAAACCCAACUUUUAUCAUUUUAAUCUACCUAUAAAAACCUCUAAUUUACCAUAUUUUAGUCCAUUUUGGUCUAUGUGAAGCUGCUAAAAAAAAACACAAAUUUUAAAAUUAUAAUAUAUUUUUUUUUAGAAAUUUUUCAAAAAUCAUAUACAUUGCAUAAUAUAAAUAAUAUAUAGUUUCUAGUACCAUAACCAUAACAUUUUCUUCCAUUAUGAUACAAUAAGUUAUAUUAUUACAAGUAUUUAAUUUUGAACUGACUACAAGGAAAGAUUGGCCUAUUGCAAAUUCUCCAACUAAUAUUAUAAUUAUUAAGUAAAUAUAAAAUAAUUGUCCAUUGUUUCAUGCUCUAAAAAAUGUUAUUUAUUAUUCAGUUUAUUGAAGGUUUUGCAUUCAAUGGUAAAUAAUUGUACACUAAUUACUAUUGUGUAUAAUGUGUAUUGUUUUAUCUUUGAUCAAUAUUAUAGUGUUUGAUAAAGAAUAAUAUACGAUACAUUUGUUUUCUAGUUUGUAAACAAUUGCAUUGAUACAAAUCAUAAAAUAUUCAGAAUUAUGAACAUUUGUUUUGUAGUAAAUGCAUAUCACACUUAGAAAGUUUUUACAUUAUGCAAUAAUAUGUAAAUAUUAAAAAUGGUUAUCAUUUUUAUUAUUAAAAAAAAAAAUUACAAAUAAUAUUAUAUUUCAUCCACUAUCUAUAAUUUUAGUUGCAUGCCAAAUUUGAUAAAUUGAAACGAGACCAGGAUGAGCAAAAGAAGAGAUUAGAAGAACAGAGAAGAAAAUUUGAAGAUGAUCUGAUGGAGUUCAGCAAAAGAAAGCAACAGUUCAUGAAUAUGGGUCAUCAUACACUUACUUUAGGCAAAAGUAAAAAGAAGUAAACAUUUUUUUUUUUUUUAUGAUAAAUAUCAUAAUUAAAUAUUUGCCCAAUAUUGGACCUUUAAAGAAUCAUUUAUUAUCAGAAAUUAUAUUAUUAUUUUCAUUUAUUUGACUAAUACAUUUCAUGUAUCCAUUCCAUUAAUUGAUACUAUAAUGAUUUAUUUUAUACUCGUUUGGAUAAUUAAUAUGCAUAAUAAAUCAUAAAAAUUUGUAAUAUUAUGGCUCGUAUGGUUCCAAUUGUUACAUCGUUACUUAGCUUUAAUACAAAAUCCAAAAUUGCGUUACAUCAGUAAUUGAAAUUACUAAAAUAGUGUGUGCUGAACAAAAGUACACUAUUUGUUCGAUUUGUACGACAUUCAAUUUAUUAUGAAACUGAAAAAGUAAAAUCCAAAAAUUAAUAGUUUAUGAAAUAAAAUUUUGAAAAACCCUGGUGAAUUAUAGAAGAUAAUUUGAAACGGCAAAAACAUUAGUUUUACAUUUGCGUUUCUUUAAAAAUAGGUAUCAUUAAGUCAAUAAUUAAAAUCUUUACACCAGAAUUAUUUAAUUCAGUCUUUGUAAUGAACAUAACAUUGUGCCAAAUUUUAAAUUCAUUCAGUGUGUCAGUGUAUUCUUAUUUCCUUAUGUAAUAUUUUGUUUUACACUAUUGGUCAUUAGUUUAAUAGUAUUUUCUACUAGUAGUAAGUUUUAUCAAAAUAUUCAGCGUUUUUUUUUUUUUUUUUUUUCAUUUCUUUCCUUUUGUAUUUGAUUGAUUGUAUUAAGAGUGAUUUUUUAUUCAUGUUUAAAACAUUUUGAGGCUAAAAUUGAAUACAUUUUUUUUUUAUUAUUAUUAUUAAUAUUGAAUUGCAAAUUGCAAAUCGCCCUUAUUACAUUGAAAAUUAAUAAUUAAACAUAUUAUAUUAUAAAGUUUAUUGUUUGACGAGUGUAUCUUAAAGUUUUGUAUUUUUCAAAAUUUGCAUUUAUAUUAUGUAUGGUGUACACUAUAGUUAUAUUUUUAACAGUAAAUAUAUUUUAUUUAUCUCGCUGUAUUGAUAAUUGUCUUUAGUUUUAUUAAGAGUGAAUAAGUUUUAUGUUUUUAUACAGGUAUGAAUUACAAUCAUAUAUUAAAUUAUUAUAC